CUACACAAUAAUAAAAUUAAGUGAUCGUUAAUAAAAUAUAUGUUUAGACACAGGCGUAAAUAACACGUCUAAAAUGUCUACACCGCUAAUUGAUAGAUUUAAACAACUUGAUGCUUACGCAAAAACAUUAGAAGACUUCAGAGUCAAAACUGCAACGGGAGCCGCAAUAACUGUUACCGGCGCUCUUGUAAUGAUUCUUCUCUUCCUGUCCGAGUUGCACACGUACAUGUCCCCAAAUGUGUCGGAAGAGCUGUUCGUAGAUACCUCAAGAGGCCAUAAGUUGAGAAUCAACUUGGAUAUUGUUGUUCCCUCCAUUUCAUGCAGCUAUUUAGUUCUGGAUGCAAUGGAUUCUUCUGGUGAGCAACACCUGCAGAUGGAUCACAACAUACAUAAGAGAAGACUAGAUUUAAACGGAACACCCAUAGAAGAGCCACAGAAAGAAGAAUUCAUAUCUUCCACAAGUGCUGUAAAGAAAAAUGCCUCGGAAGUGGCCAUAGUCACAUGUGGAAGUUGCUAUGGAGCUGCAUUAAAGGAAAAUCAAUGCUGCAACACCUGUGAUGAUGUUAAAGAAGCAUAUAAGUUAAGAAGAUGGGCUUUGCCUGAUUUAUCUACUAUUGAGCAAUGUAAAGAUGAUGAAUCUGUUGAAAAAACCAAUAUGGCUCUUAAAGAAGGAUGUCAGAUUUAUGGCUACAUGGAAGUAAACAGGGUUGGUGGGAGUUUCCACAUAGCUCCAGGAAAAAGUUUCACAAUCAAUCAUGUCCAUGUCCAUGAUGUACAACCAUAUUCUUCUUCAGUAUUCAAUACAACCCACAUCAUUGAACAUCUGUCUUUUGGAACAGAUAUUAAAAGUGCUAAUACUGCCCCAUUAGAUGGUGUCAUAGGUUUGGCAAAGGAAGGUGCUGUGAUGUUCCAAUAUUACAUAAAAAUUGUUCCAACAGUGUAUGUAAAAUUAGAUGGUACAGUUUUGUACACCAAUCAGUUUUCAGUGACUAGACACCAGAAGUCUAGUCAAGUGCAUUCAGAAUCUGGAAUGCCGGGGGCAUUUUUCACUUAUGAACUGUCACCAUUGAUGGUCAAAUAUACAGAAAAAGAAAGGUCUAUUGGUCAUUUUGCAACUAACAUCUGUGCAAUAGUUGGAGGAGUGUUUACUGUGGCAGGAAUAUUUGAUACACUUUUGUACCAUUCAGUAAAUGCAUUUCAAAACAAGAUAUUACUAGGGAAAACUGGUUAAACUGUGUAUUUUAUAAUGUUUUAAGAAAUAAAUUAUAAUCUAAAA